AACCAAGGUUUGAUUAUAUUGAAGGGAUUAAGACAAGAAUCUUGUGGAUAUUGUGUUAAAUAUAGUGGGAAAUAGCUGUGAUAUCUUAUGUGACCAGGUCACACUUCAGUGAACAUACACACUGACCAUUCAGUGACCACAGUAUACAUCAACAGGGGGACUGUGUUAUCAUAUAAUCUGAUUGUGUGAAACUGAAAAGUGUGCAGAGAUUGUGGGAAAGACUGGUGUGCAUUUUGAAAGCAUUUCUUUAUUUUGGAUGGACAGGAGGAUUGAAUAGUUGGACUAUUGAUGUUUCAUUUAAAACUGACUUCAGGAGAAUCUGUUGUGUGAAUUGGUUAAUUUUGUCAGUUGUUAAUUUUCUUGAAUACUCAGCAAAAGAUGUAGAGAAAGAAAAAAUGCAGCAGUUCAAACAGUAGUUUAGUUCAAACAUUGAUAGGGUUGUUGUUAUUGAGUGCAGGUUGAAGGAAAUGAUAAAAUGUUGUACAGCUCUGUGAGUCCCGACUCAACUCAGACCGACACCGAAAAACAGGAUGUGCUUGACAAGAAGAAGGGAAUCGACCCAUGCGACAAACUUGCUGAGUUCAUCAAAGACCACACUGACAAUGGUUUCCAGUUUUGUAAGCCCAACUCGCUAGCGUUCAACUCCUAUCGGGACCGCACCAAAGAUGCUCAUUCCGCGAACAACAGCCCUUGCAAGCCGAGGUUAAUCUCAGAUGGUAGCAGGCCUGGGCGUCUGGGCUCGUGCCGACCAAUGAAGAGAACACGGGAGGCCAGGGAUACUGAUAGUCCUGUAUCAACACUAGAAGAUCUGAUGGAGUACCGGGAGGCCCCAGCGAGCCCGUCGGCAUCGUCUGUGACGACCACACUGUCCCUGGAGAACUGUGGGUCACCUGGGACGCCCAACUCUCCGCCGCCCACCGACCCACAGGAUGUCGAUGAGCGGCUGCCGAAUGAGCUGCUCGAUGAAUUAUGCGAGGAUAUCGGGAUGAAGGAGGGCAUGGAGCUUGAUUUUGUUGAGUUUCUAAUGGAACACGAGGAUGUUGACCAACAUCAGUACAUGACCCCUGAGGCCUUAAGAUCGUCAGGAUUUCCGACACCAACCAACCAGAGUCAGCAGAAUAGUGCUCUAAACACACCCACUAACAAGAAUUGUGAUAAUAACAUGGGGUGGGGGAGUAUUGGCGCAAGUAAUGCAAAUAAUAGAAACUGUGGCUCGCCAUCGUAUUCGAUAGCUUCAAGCACUAAUGUGACUGUGGCGACUUCGAGUGGAUCUAGCAGUCCAGUUAGUAAAAGGUUUCACAUGUCAAACUCUGGUCCACCAAGUCCUCCACCUCUUACCCACAUGCCGAAUAACAGCAGUCAUGUAUUUAAAGCUCCACAAACACCACCAACCCCUCGACGACCUCUACCAACGUCAAACUCACAAGGUGCCAUGUCUCCACGAUCAACCCUCUCGCUGAGCUCAAACCAAAGUAACCAUAGUGAUCACAGUAGCCAUAGCAACCAUUCAAGUGUCCAUAGCAACCAGAACAGCACUAGCAGUAAUCAAAACAGUCUUAACAAUGUGCCACAGCGGUGUUAUUCUCCACGAACACUGGCGGGAGGGGCACCCUCACCACAGAUGCCUCAUAGUACAACUGGAGUUCCAGGGUACAAACCACCACCUCAAUACGGUCAGUUCCAGCCUCAGGGUCAGGGUCAAGGUCAGACAAACUUGGGCCUGCAGCAGAAGGCUCAGAUGAACCAGGCCUACCAGAGACAUGGGCGACCGGUACCACCAAAUGUCAAUGUGCAAAACUUUCAGCAGGCGAAUAAUAAGUUCAUGUCGCCGAAUGUUUCACAAGGUGGUAUGGGAGGACAGUCGUGUGCGCUUAAUACCAGUGGUACUCCAGCAAACAUGGGAUACCCACCUACCCCGAACUCUCAGUAUAACCGUCCAAUCGAAUCUCCGUUAGAUCAGGGAUAUUUCACAUCAUCGGACUCGCAGUCCGUUCGAAGUCUUGAAUCUUCAACAGUGCCAUCUAGUGUGCAAAAUUCAAUAAACUCUGUAAACUCGCAGCAUAAAAUGACAAUGGGUGGUGCAACACCUCAAAAAUCGGUGCAUUUUACGGCAAACUCUAGUGCUAACUGUGCUCAACCAAAUGGAUUACCAUACGAACCAUGCUAUCGAAACAAUGUACCUGACUGUGAGUUAGAGGAAUAUAGGAAUAGUAUACAGAGAAUGCAAUCGAAAAAUCCUAAAAUGAUGCCCCAUUUGAGGCACCAUGUUAAACAAGAAACAGCCCCGUACACUGUGCCUACGAACGGCGGUCAGACUGGUGUGAACUCUUUUGAAUACUCAAAUCCAAACAAUAUGCAACAGUUUGAAUGCCAACAGAAGUCUUCCGGUGGAAAUUUCGGUAUGGACAAUAACCAGAACUUAGUGAUGCAAGGUUUUAGUGAAAAUAAUAUGCCAAACCCAGCCAGUAUGUCAAACAUAAAUUGCCAAAUGCAAAAUGGGGCCAUGGGGCCAAUGCAUCAACCUCAAAUGGAUCCUUUUAGAGGCCAGGGAUCAUGUCAAAUGAGUGACCCUUCAAAAGGGUCAGCCAUGUAUGAUCCAAUGGCUAUGCAGAAUAAUAUGAUGAAAAGUUCAAAUUGUCAAUUCUCCGGACAAACUCAGGGUAACGUGAACGAGAACUGCGGAAUUAUGGGUAUUCAGGGCCAGCAAGGCAUUAUGGGUAAUGGGGCUCAGAUGGGGCCAAACCAGAACUUUGGUAAUGGGCAAAAUUACCAGGGAAUGGGCCCUAAUUCUCAACAAGGGUACCAGAGUCAGGCUCAACGACAUAUGAAUGUUUCGGCUGGUGCAGGUGGAAAUGGAAUGAUGGGAUUUGAUCCGCAGUUUGAGCAAAAUCGUGCAAUGGGCGGAAAUGUGAAUAAUAUGAACAUGAGCACUUUAGACGGACAGAUUUACCCACCCAAUCAGGGAGGAGGGAUGAAUGACAGUAUAGCAGGGUGGAACGGGGGUAUGCCCCAGACCCCUCAACAACCCCAUCAGAUGGGCGUGGCCCCUCAGUCUGUCCCUAUGGGCAUGCAGGGUCAGGGGAUGGCUCAAAAUGGGGGCCAGUGUGGCCAGCUUACUGGGGUUCCUUGUGUAAUACCCAACUGUACAAACUGUAAAAACAUGUCUUCACCUAAUCGUCCGCCAAUGAUGGCAUCGCAGCAGCGAUUCAUUCAACAUCUCAUCACAGAUCGAUCAAACGCAUUUAGAUCACACCCAUUGUUUCCGCUGUUGCGGGAUCUCAUUAUAGCAGAUAUGAACUUUAGUACCCCAAAUUUCCCAUAUCAGUUGAUUUCGAACCUUCCGGCAGAUUUCGACAAGUUGUUGCAGAAUUUCCUGCAUAGAAACCCGCCGGCUGGAAACUAUCAAAAUAACUUUGCUGUUGAGAGCGUCGUCAUGGAUGCACUCAAAUAUGCACAUCAUUGUUUGAUAGAGAAGAUCCGCCAAAAGCAGGACCAGGAUGUAGACAAACAUGGCAAAUCUUCGUCAAAGUCCCUCAGUGCUAUUGAAGAGUUCUGUGAAAAAUUCGACAAAUCAGUACGCCAAAACUAUAUAAAGCCGGCUACUCUCCAGUUGGGAGGUGGGGUUGGUCCAGGCGGUAACCAUGGUAAUGUUGGAGGAGGGCCAGGGAUGUCAGGUCCAGUUGGCAUGCAGGAGAUGGGCACACCGCAGAAAGACAUGAAGUUCCAAAUGGGCAUGGGAAAUAUGAUGAUGCACCCAGACAUGAUGUACUCUCCGCAGGCCAAGAAGGGGCUUGAGUUUGGGGGCAUGAUGUCUCCGGGCUUCAAGCUGAUGGGAGAUUUCGACUCAGUCAGCGACUGCGGCAGCAUUGUCAGCAGCAGUAGCCACCCCAACAAGCCCGAGUCCAAGAAACACCCCAGUCUGCCAAAAGAGGCUGUCGCUAUCAUGCUUGACUGGCUGAGACAACACAAGGACAACCCCUACCCCAACGAUGACGAGAAAGCCAUGCUUAUCAAGCAAACCGGUUUAACCAUCAAUCAAAUAAACUAUUGGUUCACAAACGCAAGGAGACGGAUUCUACCAAAAUGGGCACAGCAGUGCAAGACAUAGGCUUAAAUUCUAAAACUGGUCAUCAAGUAUUAUCAGCAUUUAUAGGAUUAUUUUUCAAAAUUGAACUCAUUUUAUGUUUAUUAAGUUGUAAAUCUACUAUUAAUUUUUGACAACCAUCAAAAAACUUAAUUUUGUGAAAACAGUAAAAUCUGUUACGAAUAUGUGAAGUUUGAGAUUUUGUAGGAUUUGUAUAUUGAAUGUCAAUUUCGAUGAUUUCUGUGAAUGUUUAAAAUUUAAGUUGUAUUUUCAUGUGGAGCCAAGCGAUCUCUUAAUGUUGUUAACUACUUUUAACAGAAUAAUUUGAAUGGUGCAAACAAGUCAUAAUUUUUGUGCAUUAAUACUUUGUCCUUUUUUAUGUAAUUCAUGUCACCAGUUUUGGAGGCAAGUUACAGAUUCAUAGAAUCACAUAUUUAUGCAAAGACCUAUAACUUACAUGACAGAAAUAAGUGUGUAUUAGUUGUUUCAUUAUGAAAUGGACAAGAAUAAUUAUGGAAUAUAUUGAUAAAAAAAAAUAUGGCUAUAUUGAUUCAGAAAAAUCUGACAUUCAUUUUAAUGCUGUUCUGAAGAAUAUUUUAAAAUCAAAUUUUGCAAUAUAAUUGUAGUUAUUAUUAUUUAUCAGAAGAAGAAACACACCAAGUUUUAGCUGUGAUAAAAGGUGAAACUAUUAUUUGAAGGAAAUUGUUUAAACAACAGUAAGAAGUAUUGUUUUUCUUGCGUUAAAUGUAGAUUAGUUUUGCACUGUAUAAAGUAUGCAAGUUUUGUGUUUGUUAUAUUUUCAUUCACAAUUCAAUUAUUAAAAAAAUCUUAGAUUAAUUUAAAAAUUGCAAAAUAAUGUUAAAGAAACAUGAAAACUAUGUUUUUAUUUAAUAAAAAUUGACUUGUAGUGUUUCAGAUUAGUGAACAAAUCAUUUGUAAAUUAAAACUCACGAAUUCUAUCAUAUCAGAAUGUUCAAUGUUUAUUAACUAUAAUGUAAUGUGAUUUCAAUUUCUGUGCCUUUUGCUUGUAUGCUUAGCAACAUUCACCUGCCCCACCGUAACAACCAUUUUCUCUUAAGAUCUCGCCUUCCAAAAAUAUCCUGCUGAAUUUAUUAAAUCACAUACAAUUUUAUUGAAUACAAUUUAUUCGCCAAUAUGGCUGCAUGAUUUUUAUUGAAUUCUUUGCAGACAUUUUUUCGACAGCACAGAUGCUGAUUUUUGGUGUUAAGAUUUACGUGUUUGUCGCUUUAUGCACUGUUUCUAUCAUGGCAGAUUAUUAUAUUAUGUCCGUUUGAAUAUUUAUUUUACAUGCACAUAUGUUGGUCUGUUGAUCAAAAACUGUUGAAUCAUGUUUGUAUGUAAAUAUUUACAUGUAAAUAGUCUGAAAAAAAACCGAUAGUGCUGUAUUUAAUUUUACGAAAUCCUUGUUAAUGUUUUAAUGUACUGAUGUAAAAUAUCUCAGAUGAGAUUACUGAACAAAUUCUACUUUUAAAAUCUUAAUUAUCACAAAUUAUUUUUAGAGGGAAUAGCACAAGGCUGCUGUUAUGCCUCUAUCUUAAAUGAGUAACAACGAUUGCUUCAAGCCUGUGUAAGGCUCAUAUAAAUUAGUUGUUGGAGGUUCAUCCAGAUUUGGGGGCGGCCGACGAUUCUCCUUUUUUACAUGUGAAAAUGAUACAUCAACACCAUAGGACUGAUACCCUAAUACAUACCCUUUAUCAACACGUUUAUUUGACUGAAUAAAUUAAAGGGGUAGCUGAAAAAAGAGGGGGCAGGCAGAGAUGAAAAUCAAGCAAUUAAUUCAUAGUCGCCUAUUAAAUGUAACGUUUUAACUGUUUAAUGAACAAAGAUUGUCACUGAUCUAUUCUUACCACAUAUGAAUCUUGUCAUGAUUCUUACAAAGUAUGUUGUCAGUUAAGGUUGUAUGAAAUUGUUACAUGGAUCUUGUGCCUUAGAGCCUUUAAAUUUCACAGCUAUUCCUGUGCCUUUAUAUGUAUAUUCACUAUCUUUACAAGUAGUGCAGGUUGUCUUUAACUCUUUACAAAAUCUGUGCCUUAGUAGUUGAUACUUCAUUUAAUGUUGAAAGCUUGAUGUAGUUUCUGUAAGGUUGUGUUGUAAUUGUAUGGAAGCGUAUAAAGUAUUAUUUUAUACUGAUAAUGUGAUCUUGUAGUCAUGCUGAUAAGUUUUAUUUUAACAUGACGAAUUAAAACAUCACAUGUAGUUCAAUUUAUGUUGACUUGUUCACUUAUUAUCUGGAUUUCUUGACAUGUGUUGUCGACAAAUCCGGUUAAGCAUGAAUGUUCAAAUAGUUUUGUCAAUAAAAAGUAAGUUGUCAAAUCCACUUAAUAAGUAUGCGAUUUGAUAUAACUUUCGGAAGCAUCAGGUGUGGACUGAAGUACAUAAUCACAUCAUUAGUAUAUACUUUAUACGCUUCCAUAACUUUGCAUUUUGGUCAUAACUAUGACAUCAGAAAAGAGCUUGAGCAAAAAUUUCAAAGAUAUAGGGCGUAGAGUAGCGAAUAUGAUCAUGAAAGAGUAGUAUGUCCUUUCACUUAAAUAUUCUUAACAUCUUUAAUUUGAUAAACAAAUAAUACCUACUUGCCUUCGCUUCAGAUUGUUUGCAAAUGCACAUGUGCCUUUAGUGUUCUACAGUAUAUGAAAAAAAGCAAUAUUAUGAAAUUUGGAAAUAUGCAAGAAAAACAAGCAAAUAAUGAAUGCAUGUGAAUAAUAGGGUACAUAGCAAGCAGACAUAUUUUCCCGUUUAACUAUCUGUUAUUUUAUUGUUUUAAUUGUUAAUCAAGUCAUGGGCCAGUUUAUUGAAACAUGACACGUUUUAUUUUAAUGUUCUGUAUUUCACAAUGUUUUUCAUGAAUUGUUUUCUGAACAUUUUUUUUCCAAUUUCAUUGCAAGCACUAAAAUAGUUAUUUGUUUUCAUAGUUUAUGUAAUAAUUUGCCUGCAAUUUUGAUAAUGCGAAGUUAGGUGUAUUUAUUGACAUCCUACCAAUAAUUUUGUAAAAUUCAUGAACAUUUGGAUGUUAAUCUGUAUUUUAAUUUAACAACAGGGCCGGAUUUCUUGAAACCUCCUAAGUGCCUUAUAACAGGUAUAAGCUAAGCUCACUAUUUUUGUCGUUCAAAAGUUUGUGUAAUAUUUACUUCUUCAAGAGUUGUUAUACAUUAGAUAAGAACUGUCUGUAUGACAAUCGCAAUGAACCAUUUUUUACUAUUCAAAACCCAUUUUAAGUAUCUAUCUUAACUAAUUGAAAUAAGCUACUUAAGCCUGUUAAGCUUAAGAGGUUUUGAGAAAUUGGGGCCAAGAAAGCUAGUUUUGAAUCUACAUCAUAUUGAUGGUCAGUUUCUAUGUGAAGUUGUGUUAGUGAGUAAACUGGUUGUUAUUACAUUUUGUUGUUACAUAGCAAAAGGCUUAAAGCUGUUUUGUUCCCUGGUGUUUUACAGUAUUUAAUUAAGUUUAUCCUUAGGUUAAACAUUUUAAAUUGUUGUUUUUUUAUCAAGCAUUCUUAAAUAUUUUAAGGUGAAAAAUGUGCACUAAGGUUAAUGGCAGUGACAUUGCUUAUUUUUAAGUUUGCAACAUGUGCCUUCCGCUAAUGGCAGUGACAUUGCUUAUUUUUAAGUUUGCAAAAUGUGCACUAAGGUUAAUAGCAGUGACAUUUCCUAUUUUUAAGUUAGCAAAUUGUGCCCUUUCGUCUAUGGCAGUGACAUUACUUCAAAUGGAAUUCAUGCAAAUGGCCUGUGUCUACAUAUCUGUCAUACACAAAUACUUUUUAGGUUGUUUUAAAGAGAUCAAGUCUUUGAAGAAUUUAAAAAAAAUCAUCCUAUAAUAAUUGUAGAAUGUAUAAAAAAAAUAUAGUCAUUUCUUAAAUUUAAAAUUAUUGCGCUAUAGAUAACCUGUUUUUAAAAUCAUGAACAAUAAACAUAUAUGUUUUUGUCAAUUUUAAGUGAUUUUGAGAUUCAUAUAUAAAAUAAUUUCUUAUAUUCACCCUUCCAGAACAAAAGCAUCAUCAUUUUAGUCACUGUACUGUUACCAGUGAUUGUGUAAGCAUGCCCUCUCUUUUGUACAAAUUUUCUUGUGUUUUAUUUUGUGUUUCUCACUCUCUUAUGGCAUGCCUUGUAAUGAUGUUUAUUUAGAUACAUUUUUACUUUGAUAUGAUUGACAUUUUAAAUCAUAAAACGGAAAUAAAUAUGUUUUAUGAACAAUG